AUGCCUGGCACUUUCACUGAUACCCAAAACAACCACAUCGUCGACGAAGAUGCACCUCUCCUGCAAGGAAAAAGACAUAGAAAACAGCGCACGCCUCUCCCAAAACUACAAAUAGGAAUUCUUCUGUUGCUGCAGCUCGCUGAACCACUCGCAUCUCAAAGUAUAUAUCCUUUCAUCAACCAGCUCAUACGAGAGUUGGGCGUCACAGGAGGCGACGAGUCGAAAGUCGGGUAUUAUGCUGGUCUUAUAGAAUCUUUGUUCUUUGUGACGCAGGCCUUAACUGUCCUGCAAUGGAACCGUCUCUCUGACCGUAUUGGUAGAAAACCAGUCAUAUUGAUUGGACUUUUCGGACUUGGACUAUCCAUGGUCUGCUUUGGCUUGUCACGAACAUUCUGGACUCUUGUUGUAAGUCGAUGCAUCUGUGGCAUGCUAAAUGGCAACUCUGGAGUCAUGAAAAGUAUGAUGGGCGAAUUAACAGACUCGACAAACAUGGCGCAAGCAUUUGCACUGAUACCAAUCGUAUGGUGUGCUGGAGCUGCUUUUGGACCUUUCAUGGGUGGAAACUUGGCUCGUCCUCAGGAGCGCUUUCCUGUGUUAUUCUCCGGGACAUUCUGGAAGGAGUAUCCUUACUUUCUUCCAUGUGCUGCAACGGCCUGUUUCACAAGUCUUACGUUUCUUGUUAUAGUCCUCUUCUUAAAAGAGACGCUGCCAGGAAAACGCGAAGUAGACAAGCCUGAUCAUGCUUCAGUAGAAACGGGGUAUUCGUCAAUAGAGUCAGAAUAUCCUUCGCUGCAUGGUAAUGCAUCAGAACAAGAACAAGAACAGGCCUCCAGAGAAAGACAGGUUCGCCGCGUUCCGUCCUACAAGGCUGAAGAAUUCGAAGAACCAGUUCCCAUUCGCACACUUCUGACCCUUUCAUCCGUCUCAAUUCCAAUCGCGAAUUACGCCAUUAUGGCGCUCCUGGAAAUCGCACUUCUCGCACUCCAGCCUUUGUUCUACUCUACUCCCACUACGCAUGGAGGUAUUGGGUUCCCUCCUGCCACUAUUGGAACCAUACUUGGCUUUUAUGGUCUUGCGAAUGGACUUGUCCAAAUGAGCAUCUUUGCUAAAGUAGUGGAGAGAUUUGGGGCUAAGCGCGUCUUUGUAGCUGCGAUUGCAUGCUUCCUUCCUAUUCUUGCGCUCUUCCCCGUGAUGAGCUUCACAGUGCGCCAGUGGGGAAUCGGCCCUCUAUCCUGGGCGUUGUUGAUGUGUCAACUGAUGCUCCAAGCCCUCAUGGAGAUGUCUUAUGGUUGCGCGUUGAUGUUCGUAACAUCAGCAGCUCCGAACAGGCGUUCCCUCGGAGCUGUAAAUGGGAUUGGGCAGACGACGGCUUCCGUCGCACGUGCCUUCGGUCCCACAAUGUCUACUUCCCUCUUUGCGCUCUCUGCACAACAUAAACUUAUGGGAGGCAAUGCAGUGUAUGCCAUUCUCUUUGCAAUGUCAUGCGGGGCUAUCUGGCUUGCGACUUACUUGCCCAACGAAUUGCCAAAGAGGAAGUAGAUACAUGCAAAUCAAGAUAGUCGUUCACCAACAAAAAAGAAAGCAUCAAAACGCAUAUGGUUCUGGUCUUAUCUGACUCUUGUUUCGCAAGGUAACUUGAACCCCGGCCCUUUCGUCAACUCUCAUUUCUAGAUUCUUGCCAUUACUGUAUUCUCUUUAGUUUGCGUUACCCACGUGCAAUUCUCCUUUACGCUGUGCGCAUACAGUGGUCUAAUUCUACCAUUGCGUCCAUACAUUACUCUAAAAAUUUCUUCAAUCUCUCAGCUUCGCGAUUAAAUCUUUGCUCUACUGUCGCUCUGUAUAAUUAGCAAAUUUCGUCCUAGCUUUCGCGCAAUAAACUUAAAGGGUUCUGCACCAUAUAAAA